GUGUCCGGUGAGCAGGACCGGGCUUGUUUGGAAACGGACCUUUUGCAUUAGAAAAUUACUUCAACCCGCGAGCAAAGAAUCGAUUUCUUCUCCCAGAUCGGCAAGUUUGUCACAUCAGUCACUUUGCUCAUCAUGUGUAACGGCGUUAGACUGGCCGCUGCAGCAGCUUCUUUAGUGGCUCGUUUCUGCAAAGAAAAGUUUCCACAGUGCAGCCGGGGAUCAGUGUCACACCGGGGUGAAUGUUUAUGAUCAUGUUGAGCAGCACAGAGGAAGCGAAGCGGACGUGAUAAGAGUCGGUCAGCUGUCUGAUACUUUCACUUGUUGGGAGCGGAGCCGUCCCGGACAGUGCUUCGGACCUCUAAUCCGGACCUUCAAAACCAACGAGAAUCUCCAGAAGAUCUUCGCAGAAAACUCUGGACAGAAGCAGCAUGUUGAGUAAAGACCUUCCAGACAUUGAGAGCAUCCUGGCUCUGAACCCCAGGGUGAAAACUCAUGCUCAGAUCAUGUCCACCGCCAACAAGAAGGAAGAAAAGAAACACUGGAAAAGAAACCCUGAAAGGAGCUGUGAUUCCUCUGUGAAGUUAGAGAACAACUUUGACGACAUCAAACACACAACGCUGAGCGAGCGUGGAGCUCUGCGAGAAGCGAUGAGGUGUCUAAAAUGUGCAGAUGCUCCCUGUCAGAAGAGCUGCCCGACCAACCUGGACAUCAAGUCAUUCAUCACAAGCAUCUCUAAUAAGAACUACUAUGGGGCAGCGCGGGCCAUCCUGUCCGACAACCCCCUGGGUUUGACCUGCGGGAUGGUUUGUCCCACAUCAGAUCUGUGUGUCGGCGGCUGCAACCUGUACGCCUCCGAGGAAGGACCCAUCAACAUCGGAGGCUUACAGCAGUUUGCUGUGGAGGUGUUUAGUAAGAUGGGCAUCGCUCAGAUCAGGAAUCCUGAACUCCCACCAUCCAGUGAGAUGCCAGAGUCUUACCACACCCCGAUCGCUCUGAUUGGCUGUGGCCCAGCGUCGGUCAGCUGUGCUUCCUUUCUGGCUCGUCUGGGAUACGAUAAUAUUACCGUAUUCGAGAGACAGAAGUACAUUGGAGGGCUGAGCACAUCAGAAAUCCCCCAGUUCCGUCUUCCCUAUGAGGUUGUCCAGUUUGAAAUAGACCUGAUGAAGGAUCUGGGAGUCAAGGUGGUGUGUGAGAAGGGUCUCGGUGUUAAUGGAAUGACUCUGACGUCCCUGAGAGAGGAAGGAUUUAAGGCCGUCUUUAUUGGGAUUGGUCUUCCUCAGGCCAACAGAGCUAAGAUCUUCCAGGGUUUAACCAUGGACCAAGGCUUCUUCACUUCCAAAGACUUCCUGCCCAUGGUGGCCUCAGCCAGCAAGAAAGGUAUGUGUCAGUGUCGCGCUUCACUGCCAGAGUUAAGAGGCGUGGUGAUUGUCCUCGGGGCCGGAGACACCGCGUUUGACUGCGCCACCUCGGCUCUUCGCUGCGGAGCCAGGAGAGUGUACAUCUGCUUCAGGAAGGGCUUCACUAACAUCAGGGCUGUUCCUGAGGAGAUGGAGCUGGCGAAGGAGGAGAGGUGUGAGUUCCUGCCCUUCCUGUCUCCUCGUGAGGUCGUCAUGAAGAACGGACGGGUCGCCGGGAUGCAGUUCUGUCGCACCGAGCAGAACGAGGAAGGUGAUUGGCUGGAAGAUGAAGACCAAGUUGUCAGGCUGAAGGCUGAUUACAUCAUCAGCGCCUUCGGCUCCAUGCUGAACGAGCAGCAAGUGACUGACGCCAUGGUUCCUGUGAAGAUGACCCGCUGGGGUACUCCGGAGGUGAACACAGACACCAUGCAGACCAGCGAGCCCUGGGUGUUUGCGGGAGGAGACAUCGCCGGUUUGGCAAACACCACAGUGGAAUCGGUGAACGACGGCAAACAGGCCUCGUGGCACCUUCACAGAUACGUCCAGUCCCUGCAUGGACAGGCGGUGGAUCCGGUCCCGAAGCUGCCGUUGUUCUACAGCGCUAUAGAUCAGGUGGACAUCAGCGUCGAGGUUUGCGGAAUAAAGUUUCCCAACCCGUUCGGCCUGGCCUCUGCUCCUCCCACCACCAGCACGGCCAUGAUCCGACGAGCUUUUGAACAAGGAUGGGGCUUCGCUCUGACCAAGACGUUCGGACUGGACAAGGACCUCGUCACCAACGUGUCUCCUCGUAUCGUGCGUGGCACCACCUCGGGGCCUCUGUACGGCCCCGGCCAGGGCUCCUUCCUGAACAUCGAGCUCAUCAGUGAGAAGACGGCGGCCUACUGGUGUCAGUCCGUGGCUGAGCUGAAGAAGGACUUCCCCGACAAUGUGGUGAUCUCCAGUAUAAUGUGUAGUUACAACAAGGAAGACUGGACGGUACUGGCCAAGAUGGCAGAGGAAUCAGGAGCAGAUGCACUGGAGCUGAACCUGUCCUGUCCCCAUGGGAUGGGAGAGAGAGGCAUGGGCCUGGCCUGCGGACAGGACCCCGUGCUUGUGCGUAACAUCUGUCGCUGGGUGCGAGCAGCAGUUUCCAUUCCCUUCUUUGCCAAACUGACGCCAAACGUUACCAACAUCGUUGACAUCGCCAAGGCUGCUCACGAAGGCGGAGCAGACGGAGUCACCGCCACCAACACAGUCUCAGGACUGAUGGGACUGAAGGGGGACGGCUCCCCCUGGCCGGGGGUUGGAGCGGAAAAACGCACCACGUAUGGAGGGGUGUCUGGUAACGCCAUCAGACCCAUCGCUCUCAGAGCGGUGUCGGCCAUCGCCAGAGCGAUUCCUGGUUUCCCUGUUCUGGCCACGGGGGGCAUUGACUCAGCAGAGGCCGGACUACAGUUUCUCCACGCUGGAGCCUCAGUGUUACAGGUGUGCAGUGCAGUUCAGAACCAGGACUUCACAGUGAUUGAGGAUUACUGUCUCGGUCUGAAGACCUUGUUGUACCUCAAGAGCCUGGAGCUGAAGGACUGGGACGGCCAGUCUCCUCCGACAGAGAGACACCAGAAAGGAAAACCAGUUCCCAGACUGGAAGAGCUGGUUGGAAAGAGCCUCCCUAGCUUUGGUCCAUACCUGCAGCAGAAGACAGACGCUAUUGCACAGUACAAGAAGCGGCUCAGAGACGCUGGUAAAACCGAUGUGACAGAGACCAUCAUCACUCGGGGCGGGACUCCCAAAAAACCUGUUCCUGCUGUCAAGGAUGUGAUAGCCAGAGCAUUGCGCCACAUCGGAGCGUACCAGGAGCUUAACAACAUGGAGCAGGUCCAGGCUCUGAUAGAUGAAGAGAUGUGUAUCAACUGUGGGAAAUGUUACAUGACCUGCAAUGACUCCGGUUACCAGGCCAUAACGUUCGAUCCAGAGACCCACCUUCCCUUUGUGACUGACAGCUGUACGGGCUGCACCCUGUGCCUCAGCGUUUGCCCAAUCAUAGACUGCGUCACCAUGAUUACCAGGACAACACCCUAUGUACCCAAGAGGGGUGUACCCAUCAGUCCUGUCUGCUAAAAGUAAAGACAAACCAAAACUUUCUACUGAUUUAAUGAUGGAGAUUAGAUAUUAUACAUUUAAAUUAAUCAACCUUCAGCAUGAAGCUUGAGAUAUUGUUUCCUGUUAAUGCAAAUAAUUUGGAUGAUGUAAAGAGUUGAAGAUGAUGUUUAUCUUCUUGAUAGAGGAGGAGAAUGGGAGUUUAUGGGAAAUUUUAAGAAAUACUAGCACUAAUACUACCACUGUGGAAAGAGGCAACCAACCUUUUUAAGGUCAAGGUUCACCAUAAUGGUAUCAAAUUAAUUUUUCAAUAAUUUAACCGUCGCUUCUGAUUCAAAUUACGUUGUGCCUUGUGGAUUCUGCUUUGUUAUUAUCUUUCUGUAAACACAUGUAAACCUAUUAUAUCUGAUUAAAUUUACAAUAACUGUAUGUUAAAUGUAAUAAUGCAAAAAGAAAUGCUUUGAUGCAAUAUAAUCUGUGAUUUCAAUAAAGGUUGUCUGAUGCAGCAAA